AUGCCCGGCCACCGUGCCUAUCGCGCAUGGUUCGUCAUUGCAGCCGUGGUUAGUCUAGAGGUGCUUCUUGGGAGAGAUCGCACCGUCGUCGACUAUGACGGCGGCGACAACGAGGCGCGCGCGCUAUUCUUCUGCAUGAAUCACGGGGUGGGCGAGGACGAGAACUGCGUGGAACGCCUCGUCCUGGCCGCCCGCGAGCGGAACGAGACGUACAAGAAGGAGAAGACGCCGUCUUGCGACUACCAGGACACGGAUUGCGUGCGCACGUGUGGCUCCCACGACACCAAGGUCGGCGGCGACAACCGGGCGACCAUCGAGGCCUUUAGCGAGUACGACGACUACUUCGACGCGGAGCCCUGGCGGCCGCAGGGCCAAGACAUGGUCGACGCGGUCUACAAGCACAUUGUCGAGGACGAGGCGGGUUAUGUCGUGUUCCCACGCUAUUUGACGGAGGACCAGACGCGCCAGAUGCGCGAGGAGCACGACCGGCUCUUCAACGGCGGCGAUUGCGUGCAGCGGCCCGACUCCGACGCGGGCGUGGGGACAAUAUGGGCGGCCGAGGCGUACAGUCCGGUCAUCGACGCGUUCGCCGCCGACGAGUCGUUGCGUGCGGCAGCAAUCAAGGUCAUGAACCAGUCCGAGCACGGACGCGCGCUCCUCGCAGAAGGAUUCGUCGAGGUGACCAGCACCGCGUUUUAUCAGAACAUGGCCGCGUGCUCCUACGAGAACGAGUACGCGAGCCCCCUCUGCGGAAUCGUCUCCGUCUCGCCCGCGUUGGCCUCCGCGUUGGAAUCUCUGGAUCGUCCGCGGGCGUCCCCGGAGCGACAGUCGAUCUCGACGCAGGUCGGGAUACCACCUCGACCACCUCAACAUUGGCGUCAAGUCGCUCCUGUACUUGAAUGAUGUCCGCGGACCGUGUUGAAAUCGAUGCCGUGUUGAAAUCGAUGCUACCCAAAGGGGGCAAUCGUCGCCGCAGGUUCGCAAGGAGGAGGGUCCAUUCGUGGUCCUGAAAGACUACCCCGAGAUCGAAAACGAGUGGGGCUUCGCCCAGCCGGAUCCGCGGGUACUGCCGGUGUGCGUCGGCGAGGUGGAGUCCACGGGGAAGCGCCCGCUGCAGUUCUCGGAGGACCACGUUGCGGACCUG